AUGCCACGCUACCUGCCGCAAUGUCUUGCCGUGCGGUGGACAAUUCAGUUCUUUUCGGCAGACGAAGGAACACUGCAGCUGUUCGAACGGCAGAGGCAGCGAAACGACGAGCUAGAGAACGAGAAGGAGGAGCUGAAGAAGGGGAAGGAGAAGCAGAAUCUGAAGCUGAAGAGGGGCGGAGGCAGACUUACUUGUUUUGGGGAAUUUGCCGCCAAAGCUGAGUGUCAUGAAAAUUACGAGAAGGGGUGCAUGGAUCUUGAAUUUUUCUGCCCCUCUCAUAAGGGAGACAUUCCAUUCGUCUGCAAGGAGGCCGCCACGGAGCUUAAGAAGAUCCGCCUUGCCGCCCAUCUCGACUGGGAAGAUUUCUGGGGUAGUGUCUGUCGUCUGGCCUUCAAUUUCAAGGACUGGAUCGAGGAUAACGCACGAGAGAUUCAUUUGCUGAAUUCUUCGGACUAUGAGAGAGUGGGGGAGAUGAUUCUCGUGGUCAACUCGCGCGGAAUCCAUUAUCCUAAACUCGGUUUCGGUAAUGAUCCGGAGGUUGAGAUCGACACGUGGACCGCAAAGACAGAACAGGUCGUCUCGGAAAUACAGCGGUGGCUUAAUGAUUAUCAUGAGAAUAAUGAGAAAUUCCGGAAGACCCUAUUGGAAACUGCGGACACAGCUCUGCGAGGAACUUAUGAAGACGAAGUGCUGACAACAAGCAGAUGGAUGGUCGGAGGACAUGAUCGAGGAUCACGGAGCGCCUCGCAGUUUUCCGAUGACCGACGUGCGGUGUCGAAAAUAACACUUCGGGAGGCGGUAGAGCUGGAGUGA